AAAGUCUUCCCUAUGCUUCGCUCUUGGAAGACGAGGCCAAUGAUACAUUGAAUGAAAUUGUAGAGCAACUUUGUUCUUCCGCAAAGGCACGAGAUUGGAGUCCGGGUUGUGCUUACUGGGUAAAGCAACUCAAUGGUUAUUUAGAUCUCCGUCACCCUUUAACACGCAAGACCCGUGCGCAAUUAGCCAAGGUUCUCUUCGAACUUGUAAUCACUCCCGGAAUUGAUGCCUCAUACGCGGAAGUGUUCGCCAAUACUUGCAAGCUAAUCAAAACUUAUUAUCUAUCAUCAAAAAGGAAAAAGGAGAAAUUGGGGGUCGAAGAUCUAACCCUACCCUGGGAACCGUUAUUCAAUAUCAUUCAUAAAACAUUUUUUCCUAAAAGUCGACAAAAAACUUUAGUCAGUGAAUCGUAUCCUCGCAAUGCAACAGAAGAUAUUCUUGCAAAAGUUCUUCCUCUCUUUAACGCCAGUUCAAUUGGAGAUGCCUUCACUGUGCAAGCCUACCUUGUUCGAUUUCUUCCUACUAGAGCAUCUACCUCUCCAAAAUACUCUCCAUCGGUGUGGCUACCUACAAUAUUCUCGUUUUGGUGCAUUUUACCGGGAUCGCUGAUGUAUCAAACCGAAUUCAUCGAUCUUUUGGCUCGCGUUGCCGAAGAUAAUGUCGAUGUAGAGGUUAGUAAUCCCGGUCAAAUCGGAAUUUUUACACUUGCCCAAGUCAAAACUGUGUUUGCAACCGGGGCGAAAAUGAUGGACUUACCAGUAGGUAGUACUAGCAAUGGUAAUAGCAAUUCUGGAAGAGGAUCGGUUUUAGGAUGGUCAAAAAUGGACCAUAAGACCGGGUUAGAGCCUUCAUUAAUAUUCCCUGGAUUGCUAGAGCGUGUUUAUCCCUCCCUGGAAACUUUGACCGAGACACACCGGACUACAUCGUCAAUUUCGACACUCUCUCUUCUUGCGAAUCCGCUCUUUUCUCGCGCUCAUUAUCCGGCUGGCGGCAAGCAUCUUGCACCUCUUCUACAUUUAACGAUUCCUGGUAUCGAUAUGAAUGAUCCGGUCAAGACAAUAUCAUCCUUGAUUUUUUUGGUCCAUGCAAUUAUGGGUAUUCCUUUGAUAGAUCUGACUGAAGGAAGUUCUAAUAUGUCUGGAUUUCGAUGGUCUGGAGUAGAUGUUGAUGAAAGAGAUGAUCAGAUGGAAAUAGAUGAAGAAGAAGAAGAUGCUCUGUGUAAGGCGAGCACUGCUGAGUUUGAAGAAUGGCUCGCAAAAUUUUUAGGACGUUUUGAAUACCUUCCUGCAAACGAUCGUGGAAAGAAGAAUCUGUACAACAUGGAAACUGGAUUGCACGCUUGUGAGGUUGUUGGCAUUCAAAUGUCGGAAAAACUUCAGGAUAUGGCGCUGAAAAUGGUUAUUAAUUUUGUAUCUACAACCAUACUUCAAAAUGCAUCAAAACCCAUGGGGUACUUAUGUUCCACUUUAACAAGUCCAAAUCGAAAAAAAGCCUUGGAUCAAUUCAUACCUCUUUGUCAUGCAAAUAUUAUGUCAGAACUUCAUCAUGGCGCUUCAUCCACACCCACAUCAUCCACACACCAUAUACAAUCUGAUACCACACUUCAUUGGUAUCAAUGCAUUUUGUAUCAUGUUGUCAUGUCAAGUGGUGCAGAUUUGCUUGGUCAUAAGAAUGAUCUGCUAGAUCUCGCUAAAGAGAUGAACGUUGGAACUCUGAUGAAAAAUCAUCACAAACAUUGGGUUCAGCCCGGUGAUCCAAAAAAUAUUAAUGUCGAUUGGCACAUUCCAUCUGACCCUGAAUUGAACUUUGCGAUGGAGAUUUUAGACACUUUUCUUCGACCGACUAUCCAAAAAAUACAGAAUUUAAUGGAUCACGGAACUGAUGAAAAUGGAAAAGUAUUAAAUAAUCGUGAAAUGACUCACGAAUUUUGUCGUCAUUUGAGCGUCGUUCGGAAUUGCCUUAGCGGAAUGACCACGCUAGUUGAGGAUGAUGGUGACAUUGAGGCCACAGAUUACAUAGAUGAUGAAUCUGAAUCCGUUAGUCCAACGAAAGGCUUAUAUGUGGGUUAUUGUUUCAUCGAUCCAAAAGAUCCACGAAGAGAAAUUUCUAGACAAUUGAGAAAAGAUUUGGGUUUUUUUUUGCAUAAACUGGUCACAUAUUUCCGAAAUUCGAGAGAAGAUGAUGUGGAUAGCCUGAAAAUCCUUCUCAAAAUAAUGAAGAUUUACCUUACUGAUCGUGGUGUAGAAAAGUCAAAAUAUGAAGCAAGCAAGCGUGGUCAUCAGUAUGCUAAAGGAAUGCUAAAAACUCCUCAUCACGAUAAAAAGUAUCCUCGUUAUUUGUUAGUCAAGCGAGCUUACCAACAGCAUUUGUGUCGUCUAAAGCAAAAUGCUCAUGGUAGGGUCAGAACAAAAUUACACGAUGAUCUACUUUUAGAUUUGAUCGAAUUAUCGUUGAGUUCAUAUUCGGAAAUAAGAAAAAUAUCUCAAUCUUAUCUCAUAACCGCAUCACGUUGUUUCAUUGGUGUAAAACCUCUUAUAAUUCCAAAAUUAUUGAAGGCUCUAGAACCUGGUGAACAGCAUAAUCCAAAGCGGAUGAAAGGUGCACUCUACUUGCUAGGGACACGGACUUACAUGUAUACAUGUCUAAGGGAUUGGCGAUUUGUUCCUUCAUUCAUCACUCGGAUAUGUCAAGCUCAGCAUGAAGACAAACCUUCGGUACAAGAAAUGAUUCGCAAAGUUUUCUAUGAUUAUUUACUGAAUUACAACAACACAGCAUUUAAAGCCAUUACUACCGACGGGUUGAACGAUGCAGUAUCCCAGGCAAUGGGGACCCUUUCGUUGUCAUUUGAUGAAGAAAAACUCCAAAGAAUCCAAUGCAUAAUCGAAAAGAGAAUGCAAUUACAGAAAACGAGAUAUUUUGAACUUGUUGAUACUCUCCUGGAAUUGGUCAAUUCCAAUACCCUUCAUUGGCGUUUUGCCUCAAUGGCAGCAAAUUUUUUGGAUUUUCUGUCUCAACUGUUGCUCGACCUUUAUUUUGAAAACAUUCGUCAUCCUUACAAGCAAGUACGUGAUGUUUUGGCAGCCAAUAUCAACUUAUUAAUUCAAAUACAGUGGCACCCAUCAGCGAAUAAUGUUGAUGAAAUACUUGAAAGUAACGUAAGAACUGGCGACGGCGUGGGUUUUGUUCCUGUUACCCCACAUGCUGAUUUAAAGCAGAGGAUAGAGGGAUUGGUUCAAUCAUUGGAAAAAUGGCGUGCAGAAAAGAAACCAACUGCGGCCGGAUCUUCUGAAUACGGAAAUGCCAGCAAGACGGUGCUUUCUUGGCUUUAUGAUGCUCUCACGAUUUGGCAAGCAUCCGGAACCUAUCCUUUAUUUAUUCCACUACUACCUUCGGUGUUUUUGAUGCAAGAUGUAAAUGACGAUCAAGACCUUCAAUCUUUGGCAACUCACGUUCUUAAUAUCAUCGCUUCUUUUGCAUAUCCUCCUGAUAUGGUGCCACCGAUGGUCAAAAGAUUUGUUGAAAUCCUGACUGAAACUCCUAGUUGGCAUAUACGAGUGAAAGCACUUCCUGUUUUGCAAGUCUUUUUCUUUAAACAUCUGUUUAUGUUAAGUGAGGAAGAGAUGAUCAGAGUAAUGGACGUUGUCUCUGGAAUGAUGAAAGAUACACAAAUUGAGGUGCGUCAAUUGGCGGCGGUUACGCUAUCAGGAUUAAUCCGAUGUUCGCAAAGGGAUGCCAUAGACACCUUAAAGCAUCAAUUUUACAAAUUAUUGGAAACUAAGAUUCCGGCGAAAAAGCAGAAAAACCAGAUGCCCAGAGCAGCGUUACCCCGAGAUUUUCAGGAGGCAGUUCUUAUACGUCAUGCAGGAGUUCUUGGUUUGUCGUGUCUUGUUGACGCUUUUCCGUAUGAAGUUCCCAAGUGGAUGCCAGAAGUUUUAGUGAAACUGGCGGAUUGCAUAUCAGAUCCCGUACCAAUUCAGACGGCUGUAAAGAAGACAUUUACGGACUUUAGGAGAACACAUCAAGAUACAUGGCACGAAGAUAUGAAACAAUUCACAGAAGAUCAAUUGUCACUCCUUUCCGAUAUGUUAAUUUCCCCUUCAUACUACGCUUGA